CCACUUUGGCCAGACACACCGAGCUGCCCUCCUCGGAGGCGGGUCGGGGGCGGCGGCCCUCCUCGGAGGUGGGGCGGGCGAGGCCGGCCCCCCGCCGGCCCGCCCUGCGGGAUGCGGCGCGAGGCCCCCGCGCUGCUACUUCAGCAGCUCGCGACACUCACGCCCUUGGGGCUGACGACGCUCCUGUGGCUGCGGACCAGCGGCACGAAGCAGGACCUGCCUGGGCUGUCGUGGUCUGACCUGUUGUUGUUGCUGGCCGCUGCUGGUACGGCCGGCGUGAUCUACACUGUGAAGUCGACGGCCAGCGAGGUGCUGGAGAAGGCGGCCGCCGACCCCGCGCCUAGGAGCGGCAGCCGCUGGAGGCACCGCUGGGCCAGCCGUGCGCCGGUGCGCCGCACGUGGCGGCGAUGA